AUGGGGAACACAACUUGUGUCCCUCAGGCCCCCGGGGGGUUCAGAAGCUCUUUCCGAAGGAAACCCUCGCUGAAAAAAGAACAAACUGACAAGAAAAAACUGCCCAGGUUUUUUGGUCUAGAAGGAGGGCAGGAGAGAGAUACAACCACAGACAAAAUCCUGCAAUAUAUUCCAGGAAAGAAUAUUCAGAACCAGGAAAACCAGAAAGAAAACUUGGACCAGAGGUUCCCCAGCCUGUUCAAGAAGGGAAGAAGGAAAACGGUUGUCAGGAAUCUGGGAAAAAUGAUCUAUUACUCCAAGGUCAAGUUUAAAUUUCAGCACUGCCAGGAGGUGAAUGACUGCUUCUUGGAGCUGUUCCAGUCCUACCUGUACUUCCAGUCUGUGGGCUCCAACGGACUCACCUACCAGGGGCUGCUGCCUUUGAAAGAGCUGAAUGUGUGUGAAAUAGAGGCUGGGCAGGGCCCUGGGCAGCAGGAGCACGCGCUCCACAUCGCAGGUCCUCAACUGAAUCCCCUUAUUGUGUUCUGCCCUACUGAGUCAGAGCUGAAGCAGUGGCUUUAUCACCUGGAGAAACAGAUCCAGCUCAAUAGAAGCCUUGGCUUGUCCUUCCUCUCUCAGAAUGACUGGAAGCAGAGCUCCAUGGGGAAGGAGGAGCUGCGUUGGUCUGUGCAGAACAUGCCUGUCCAGGAGUGGAGAGGGACCCAGCGGGAAUCCUUGGGUGAUGUCCUCUGUGUUUCCAAAGUGAAGCUUCAGCAUCUGCCUUUCCAGGAGCAGCAUGACCGGCUGUUGGUGCUUUACCCAUCCACGCUGGUGAUAGUCUCUGAGGAAGGCAACAGCCUCUGCUUUAAGGGCGAGCUGCCACUCAACGCCAUCCAAGUGCUUUUUGAAGAAAAUGAGAAAACCUCCUUUUUAAUAGAAGGGCGACUAAUCAAUUCGAUCCGGGUGAUCUGCCGCAGCUAUGACGAUUACCAGGAGUGGCUCUACUGCCUCAAAACAGCCCAGUUUCGAAACGCCGACUCCUCCCUCUCUGGAUCAGAGAGUUUCUCAGGAUCAAAGCUGCCCCACCCCAGCCAGUUUGCUGGCAGCGGGAGGGGGUCGCUCACAUCUGAUGGCCGCACAAACUCCUGGGCCUCAGGAGGCAGAGUGCCCACCCUGACACACCUCUCCCAGAACAGCGGCUCUCUCCCUGACGGACACUCCUUCGUGCUGAUGCCUGAGAGCAAGGGGCUCGAAGAACCCCUCUCCCCUGGCUAUUCCCAGCCUUUCCAUUGCCUGGCACAAACCAUCUGGCCAAGCACAGGGCUGCCCACGCAGGACCUGCGAAGGGGAAGCAGCGCCAGAAAGUCCAAGGACAAGUGUGGGCCUUGUGGCCAGCAGCUGCCCAGCCAGGAUGUGGAGAGGACCAUCUGUAGGCUCAUUCCUGAACCCUCCCCUGGAGAGCUGCUGUACCACGAGCCCUACGCAGCACCCGGCGCGCAGCACCGCCCGGCAGCUCCCCCGCCACACCUGGACCUCAGCAGUCUGAACAGAUGGAGCUUGGUGGGAAGUCAGCCCUCGACAGCUUCCAGCUCCCUGGAGAAGCCGGCCGUGCCCCACUCCCCCUCCUACGCUGACCCCUACACUCCCAGCUCCCCUGGUGCUCGCAGCCUGGCCGGCUCCAGCUUCCUGGAAGAGGCCUCUUCUCUGCAAGAGGAACAUCUGGGCCCUUCGUUGCAGCCGCCAGGUGGGAAUUUCAGCCCUUACGACCUGCCAGGCUCCAGCUGCUCGCACCGCGACUCGGCCGCCUACCAUGACUACGCUGAGCUCCAGAGCUUCCAGAGUGACUUCAGCUAUGACAACCUGUGGGAAGCUGAGGGGAAGGAGCCAGACACCCCCCACACCUCCCCAGCUCCUGGCCAACAGUUUUACCAGGUCUGA